AUGGGUCCAUCUCUGAGAGACCACUCCUCUUUCGCCCGUCCGUCGACGCGCGACCGGCCGUCCACCCGCGAUCAAGGAGAAAAUUCGCUGGUCGUUCCUAGUCGCACCUCCUCGCUUCACUCCCGCAUUACGCAACCCAUCCCUUCGCAGUCCAACGUCAAACCCGCCCAGAAGACCCCCAAGACCCUCACUCAUGCCUACAUGGUCUGCGGUGUCGGCCGCGAGCCCUCCCAGUGGGUGAGGGCUCCCGCGCCCGCCCAGGGAAAGAUCGGUCAUAUGAAGGGUGCCGUCGGUCAGUUUUGGUUGCCCGAAAUUCUGGGCAGUAGUCCUCGCCUGGAACAGGACAACGAGAUUGCCAAGUCCUUGCACUCGGCUAUGAGGGCCUGUUUCCCUCACGAUGUCGAGAUCUGCACCGGCAAGACCCAGCCUCACUGCGCCCACCAUGCCUUCGUUCUACAGCAGGAUUCGUCUCACACUCUUUACGGUAUUGCCUUGCGCGUCUGGUCCCGAGCCGACGAGAAGCGUGCCGAAACCAUCCGGGAACUCCGCAAGAAGACCGAGCCCGACUUCUACGAUAACCCCGAGGAGAUCUACUGGAUUCCCUACUGCUUGAGUUUCCUCUCGAGAUAUCCCCUGUACGACCUGCUCGGCGACUACCUGCGCGGCAUGUGGAUUCACUGGAACAAGGCCACCAAUUUGUUCCACGCGGAGGAAGUGUCGAGGAUUCUGAGCUUCCCCGCCCCGCGCCUGAACGACCUGGUCCGCAUCGAUAUGAAGGAUUAUGCCCUCUGCUACCAAUUCCCCUCGUCUCCCACGGGUUUCCAGAACUUUGCCAUGUGGCCCCUGUUUACCUGUCUGUCCAUUCCCAACAUCGUGGGUGUUAUCGAGGCCGCGGUGUCGCCGACCCGCCGCAUCAUCUUUGUCAGUCACUACGCCGCCAUGCUCACCAUCGCCGCCGAGACGAUCCGAUACUGCGUUCGGAUAUACGAGUGGAGCGGGUUGUACGUGCCGGUGGUCCAUGCCCGUCACAUUAAAGACCUGGUCCAAGAACCCGGCCCGUACAUUCUGGGUGUCACGGCGGAAUGCCGAACCCUGUUCAACGCCCCGUCGGAUGCCUUGGUGGUGGAUCUAGAUCGCAACUUUGUGCUGACGUCGAGCCCACCUAAUGUCCUCAACCCCGGACAGCGAACAAAGUUCAUCAACCGGUUGACGCAGGCGAUGAACGGCGACGUCUCGCCCUCCGGCGUGCCCAACCACCUCCGAUCGGCCUACGCCGGCGGCAAGCUGAUCCCCGCGGGGCAGAUCAUCGUGAUGCGAGGCGAGGUUGAAAGCGUCCAGGAACCGUCGUGGUGGAACCAGGACUCCGUCAUGGGCGUCAUGGACCACGUUUGCGAGAAGUUGGGCCGCAACACGGGUAUGAAGGCCAUCUUCGGCGGUUCGGUCAAGAAGCCUCUCAUGACCAAGGUGUCCAUGCGCCAUCUGAACGAGAUCGUCCGCGAGCGCAACCAGUACUCGCGGGAUGCCAUGGAGGCCUGGCAGGACUUUAUCAACCUCAAGGGCCGCAUGGACACCGAGCUCAGCAAGGUCACCAAGCGCAACAACUUCCUGGUCGAGGAAUUGGAGACCUGGAAGCAGCAGUUCCUCAAGUUCCAGACCUUCGCCGAGCAGCUCACCAAGGAGACCUCCGAGCUUAAGGUCAAGAUCGAGAACCACAAGCGUGAGAACCGUCGCCUCAGCGGUCUCAUCGACCAGCAGAAGGACGACGCCGCCCGUCUCACUCUGCGCCUGUCCGGAACCGAGAAGCAGCGGGACGACGCCCUGGAGGCGCUGGUUCUUCAGCAGGAGAUUGCCGAGGAGUUGGAGCGCGAGAGGAAGCGCAACCAGAAGGAACUCGCCAGCCUGCAGCACAACAACGCCAACCUCCUUCGCCAACGCGAUGAUGCUCAGCGUGUGGUGCUCCACCUUCGCAGCCUGAUCAACGGCCAGUCUCACCACAUGGAGCACAUUGUUCGCUCCAUUGGUAGCUCGGCCGACCUCUCUGAUCUGGCCCAGCAGGAGUCCGUCGAGGAGAAGGCCGCCGUCACUGACGCAUCCAAGUUCGAGGAACCGGCUGUCGCCGAGCCUCGCCAGGAGGUCAGCCGCAGCAGCUCCCGGUCCGAGACCCGCGGCGCCACGACGGGCCCAACGAGGGACAUGAACCCUGAGAUGGAACAGCAUCUCAUGAGCCUUGGUAAAGGUGACAAGCGCCUUGCCCGUUUGAGCAUUACUGAUGUCGCAGAUCGCUACCUCCGGGACAAGACCGAUGCGAUCUCGGACAUCAUCCGCAGCAUCAGCGACCAGUGCGCCGCCGCUGUGGAGGGCCUCCACCUGGCUCAGGAUGCCGAGCUGGACGACUCCGAGGAGCCCGGCAAGGAUGGAGACCGCCUGGCCCCUCAUGGCGAUGACCACCGCGAAGGCAGCGAGAUGGGGGACUCCCUGCACCCUGACCACCGACACUCGAGCGUGCCCCCGACGCCGGACCUCGUCCACAACCGGUCGAGCACGUCGAUGUCGAUGGUGAGCAACUCGACCUUCCCGGAAAGGUCGAGCCAGCAGUACGGACCAGGCGAGGUUCCGACGCGAAUCGUCGAGGAUGAUGACGAGCACGCCAAUGACACCGAUGGUCUUGAUGACCACACCGAGACCGGCACCCUGUCGAAGCAGGGCAGCGAGGAUCUCAUGCGCACCAGCAACCCCCGACUGGUCGCGUAA